AAGAUCAUCACGUCACGCCUCGUGUUCCGCUUUCUGGGCCGCCACACCAGACCCGAAGGGAAGUCCAACGCUAUAAAACUGAGCGACGCUUUCUCAAGGGCCAAAAGAGUAAACAGGAUUACAGAAGCGUGUGGGAAGGUUGGGAACACGAAGAAUGCUGAAAUGUCUCUCCUCCAGAUCGUUGACGUCGUUGUCUUCAGCGUCUGCUCCAGCCCCUAAUCCGCCUGCUCCCCUCGGAGGUAAAUCAAUAUCCUUCGUUCUUCGCCGGGCCUCUCAGAUUUGGGGGCAUUUGACGGAGCACACUCCCGUUGCCAGCACGCAGUCGUCGCCAGCCCCAAAUGUAUCUCUCGAAUUCGAUCGCGCCGUACUCAGCAAUUCUGUCAGAGAGAUCCAAUCGAUAAUUGAGAUAGAAGUACUUGACCCCUCUGGAAACGAUCCUCCGCGAGACCAACCUCAACUCGUCGACGGAGACUUCCAAAGGAGAUUCCUCGAAAAACUGCUUCAACCUGACCGAGAUUGCGUCCAAAAAGCUCUCGUACAACUCAAAUCCGAUUCUCUGACUCACCUCAUCUCUACCUACUUCGACCGCAGUGAGGCCGCCGUUGAACUCUGCUUUCUACUUCUCCGAUGUCUCCGUUGUGCGCGUAUCAUGUAUGCUCCUCUUCGUGACCUUCUGCACGUUCUUCCCUUCGAUUCCGGUCAUCUUACUCAAUCCCAGUGUGACCGUGCCUCCGACAUCUUCUUCAGAUUUGAUACUCAAGACAAUCCGUUUUCUUCCAGUGAUUCCCUUAACUUAAGCCGCAUGCGCAGCUCCUUUUCUGAACUUGACCAACAGCUUCGUUGCUGUCUUAAAGAGUCUCGUUCCAAGUUACGCCUUCUCCGUGGUGCCACUGCUGGUUCUGCUCUUUGCUUCAUUGCUACCGCCGUGGGAGUGGUUGCAACUGCCGUUGUCGUCGCGACUCAUGCGCUCGUCGCCAUUGCUGCUGUUGCUGCUCCCGUUUGCCCUGCAUUCUCUCAUUUGAUGAACCCCCAAAAGAAGGAACUCGCUCGAUUGGCGCAGCUUGAAGCAGCUUCGAGGGUUACUUUUGCUCUGAAACAACAUAUCGAUUCAACUGAUCGCCUUGUUGUUCUGCUGCACGGAGUAGUUGAAGCCGACAAGCAUUCUGUUCGUCUUGGUUUGGAGAUGGGUAAUGAUAGAUAUGCCAUCCAAGAGGUCGUCAAGUUGCUCCGCAAGAGGUACGAGAGCUUGCGCCAGCUGAUGGAGGAACUUGAGACAACUAUAUACAUCAGCGUAAACUUUGUUAACAGGACCAGAUCAAAUCUUCUCCGCCAGAUAUGCAUUCAUCAAAACGCCUAGUUCCUAACCUACGGAUCAAUUUUUUGUUGAAUGCCUUCCAACUCAUCAUGUUCACGACGCCACCGCCUAUUUGAACAUAUUUGCUAACCGGGAACGAAAAUAUGGAAUGGGCUCUCUACCAUUUUACGAGUGCCCGAUAACAUUCCCUUGUACUCAUAGUAAACAUUAGUGGUGUUGGGUUUUCUAUUAGUGAGAGAACCCUCACGUUAUUCUCGUUCAUUUUUCGGGAGUUCAGCUUGUUAAUUAGUGUCAAUAGCGUAGUUUUCAAAAAACUCCAUAUUCUGGUUUGUUUCUAGAUAUAAGAUCUCAUUCUCUUUCCUCUA